AUAGCGAGGCUGACCGCGCCGUACACCUACUUUUUGGAACCUGCGGGUUGCCGGCUGCGCCGCUCCUUUCUUCCCUCCUCCCACCACUGCUGCCGCCAUGCCCGGAGGGCUCCUUCUCGGGGACGAGGCGCCCAACUUCGAAGCCAGUACCACCAUGGGCCGCAUUCGUUUCCACGACUAUCUGGGAGACUCAUGGGGCAUCCUCUUUUCCCACCCCCGGGACUUCACUCCAGUAUGUACCACAGAGCUUGGCAGGGCCGUCAAGCUGGCACCAGAAUUUGCCAAGAGGAAUGUGAAGCUGAUCGCACUCUCAAUAGACAGUGUUGAAGACCAUCUUGCCUGGAGUAAGGAUAUUAACGCUUAUAAUUGUGAUGAGCCCACAGAAAAGUUACCUUUUCCCAUCAUUGAUGAUAAGAAUCGGGAACUUGCCAUUCUGUUGGGCAUGCUGGACCCUUCAGAAAAAGAUGAAAAGGGCAUGCCUGUGACAGCUCGCGUGGUGUUUAUUUUUGGUCCUGAUAAGAAGCUGAAGCUGUCAAUCCUCUACCCAGCUACCACUGGCAGGAACUUUGAUGAGCUUCUCAGAGUUGUUAUCUCUCUCCAGCUGACAGCAGAAAAGAGGGUUGCCACCCCUGUUGAUUGGAAGAGUGGAGAUAGUGUGAUGGUCCUUCCAACGAUCCCUGAAGAUGAGGCCAAAAAGCUUUUCCCUAAAGGAGUCUUCACCAAAGAGCUCCCGUCUGGCAAGAAAUACCUCCGCUACACACCCCAGCCCUAGAUCUCGCCAAGAAGUUGGUGCUGGAGCCGCUCGCUUCAUACUGUGAGCCAAAGGGUGCCAGCCUGCCAGCCACCAGUCAUGUUGGCCUGUGAUUAUUCCAUAAAAACAUCCUGAUGUGAUCACACCCACAGCCUUUAGAUUGCUUUAGGCUUAUUAAAUGAAAAAUGGCACUCAAAAUUUCUUGGAAUUCUUGACUCUGUGCCUUAACCAGCAUUCUGUUCUGUUCACAUAUCUUAGCACUCUGUUGGCUGUCUCUGAAGUAUGUUUUAUAUUUGAGAGUCAAAUCUUGCAGGAUCACUGCAAGGUUUGUGAGCAACAUGGUUAUUAUUCAUUGAUGGUUGAAAAGCCUGCUUUGCUCCAUCACAGAAUGACUAUCAGUUUUUAACUGUUCUAAUCAAAUCCUCUCUUCUGUUCCCCAUUUUUUGUGAGCAGCAGAAAUUGAGGUUCAACUUUCUCUGCGGAUAUCUUAAGUAUUAACCCAAGAACUUAGAAUAACCUGGAUAUCUUCAGAUUUCAGUAUUUUAAUUACAAUGGUGGGGGAGGAAUUUUUCGAUUCUGUACUUUUCCAAUAGGUGACUGAAGCGGGAUGAGCAAGGGGGAGGAUCUUGAGAUAUUUUGCUAUAAAAAUUUUUUUCAACAAUUUUCUAUCAAAAGAGAAAAAGCCCCCAUGCCUGCAGAGAGGUGUACAGGAGGUGUGAGUGGUGCCGCUGGCCCACACCUGUCUGCUCGAUCAGGACGGACACGUGGAAGGGCCAUGCCUUGGGAAGCGAGAUGACUGAAAAUGUGUUAUAGAACUGUUCUUUUGGGGGGGAGGCGGGGGGCAGAAAAUGAAAAGGGGGUGUGCUAUUUUCUGAAUUCUGCUUUUUAGGGAUCAGCAAAUAAAUCCUUUGGUUAAAUCA